AUGGACAGCCCGGAAAACGUUUUGCAAAUGUUUGAAGCCCACAUGCAGAGCUACAGGGGUAAUGACCCGCUUAGUGUAUGGCAAAGUUAUAUGCAAUGGAUAGAAGAGAAUUUUCCUGAGAAUAAAGAAUACUUUACAGUUCUAUUAGAACGUUUAAUGAAGGAAUUUUUAGAAAACAAGAGAUACCAUAAUGAUCCAAGAUUCAUCAAUUAUUGUUUAAAAUUUGCUGAGUGCAACACUGACCCUCAUCAGUUUUUUGAGUUUCUGUACAACCAUGGGGUUGGGAAGCUGUCCUCUCCUCUGUACAUAGCCUGGGCUGAGCAUCUGGAGGGCCAAGGACAGCUGCAACAUGCCAGUGCCGUCUUCCGGAGAGGAAUUCACAACCAGGCGGAACCUAAAGAGCUGCUGCAGGAACAGUACAGGUUAUUUCAGACACGUGUUACCAAAACCCAUUUGCCAGCUCAAGCUAGAACCUCAGAACCUCUUCAUAAUGCUCAGAUUUUAAACCAAAUGAUGACAUCAAAAUCAAAUCCAGCCUGUGUUUCUAAGAAUCAGGGUUCAGAAGUUUCUAAACUAACAUCUUCAGCUUGUGAUAAAGAGUCGAAUAUGGAACAAAGGGUGGUCUUGAUUUCUAAAUCAGAAUACUCUGCACAUCCCUCUCUGACAGCCAGAACUGACAUUCAGCAGGUUGUUAUGUACUGCAAGGAGAAGCUCAUUUGUGGAGAGUCAGAAUUCUCCUUUGAAGAGCUGAGAGCCCACAAGUACAAUCAACGGAGAAAGCAUGAGCAGUGGGUAAAUGAAGAUAGACAUUAUAUGAAAAUGAAAGAAGCAAAUGCUUUUGAAGAACAACUACUGAAAGAGAAAAUGGAUAAACUUUAUAAGAAGUUGCAUCAAGCAGUAGAGACAUCCCAGGAGCACCUUCCUGCUUUUCAGGAAAGUCCUGAGGUUAAUCCAGCAUGCAUGGGGUCAAGUGUUGGCUCCCAGCAGGAACUGAGCACUCCAUCUCUGCCAACCAUAACUCAGCAGACCUCAGAGGGCAUGGGAGAGAAACCCAGACAGGCACCUGCUGCUGUUCCUCCUGAAGCCAAUGCGGUCACUGCGGCUUUGGUGUCCCCAGCCAUCAGCCAGAGUGCAGCUCCUCCUGCUCCUUUGGCAGCCCAACCAGGGACAGACUCCAUGUUUUCCGUGGCCGGAAAUGAUACCAGAUGUGUUACUAGAACUACUCAGGAAUUCAAGCCACAGAUCAGAGCAGAAAUGAAAGAAGGGUGUGAAACACACAAGGUUGUUAACACAAGUUCUUUUCACACAACUCCAAACACAUCCCUGGGAAUGGUUCAGGCAACACCAUCCAAAGCGCAGCCAUCACCCACCGUGCAUACAAAAGAAGCAUUAGGGUUCAUCAUGAAUAUGUUUCAGGCUCCUACACUUCCUGAUGUUUCUGAUGACAAAGAUGAAUGGCCAUCUCUAGAUCAAAAUGAAGAUGCAUUUGAAGCUCAGUUUCAAAAAAAGGCAAGAUCUUCUGGAACUUGGGGAGUCAAUAAUAUUAUCUCUUCUUUGCCAUCUGCUUUUUCCGUGUUUGAAGAUGGAAACAAAGAAAAUUACGGAUUACCACAACCUAUAAACAAACCCACAGGAGCCAGGACUUUUGGAGAACGCUCUGUAAGCAGAGUUUCUCCAAGACCAAAGGAAGAAGUACCUCAUGCUGAAGAGUUUUGGGAUGACUCGACAGUAUGGGGUGUCCGCUGCACCAAGACGCUGGCACCCAGUCCUAAGAGCCCAGGAGACUUUACAUCUGCUGCACAGCUUGCAUCUACUCCUUUCCACAAACUUCCGGUGGACUCAGCACACGCUCUGGAAGAUAAAGAAAAUGUGAUAGCAGCACAGUGCACCCAUGUGACUUUGGAUUCACGUGAAGAAAAUGUGGUGCAACCUUCAAAAGACAGGCAGUUUAGUCCAAUUCAAGAGAAAAGCCCAGAAGCAGCAUUCCCCAUCAGUGCGUCUUCAGCAUCCUUACUGCAUCCAAGCCAGCCAGCUGCAGGUGGCAUGCUGACCAGCGAGGCAGAGCGGAACCUGAAAGCUUGUACACUCACAGAUACUAACCUUACUGUUGUGGGGGAGCCAUCAGGCACCAGUGCUGGACUCCAGGCAGAAUGGGUGCAGCCUCGUUCAUUUGGGAAUGUCGAUACCUCAAACUUCACUGUUGAGAAUCCAUGGGAUGAUCGAUUGAUUUUCAAGCUUCUGUCUGGGCUUUCUCAACCAGUGCGUUCCAGUCCAAAUGCUUUCGAGUGGCAAUGUAAACUUCCUGCCAUCAAGCCCAAGACUGAGUUUCAGCUGGGUUCUUUGCUUGUCUACAUUGAUCACCUUCUUGGAGAAGGGGCUUUUGCCCAAGUCUAUGAAGUUACCCAUGGAGAUGUGAAGGAUACCAAAAGCAAACAGAAAUUUGUUUUGAAGGUCCAGAAGCCCGCCAAUGCCUGGGAAUUCUACAUUGGGACCCAGCUGAUGGAGAGGCUAUCACCCAGUGAGCGACACAUGUUUAUCAAGUUCUAUUCUGCCCACUUCUUCCAGGAUGGCAGUGUAUUAGUGGGAGAUCUCUACAGCUAUGGAACAUUACUGGACAGAGAAGAUGAUAAUUUAGCUGAUGGCUUGGCACUUAUUGACCUGGGUCAGAGUAUAGAUAUGAAACUUUUUCCAAAAGGAACUACAUUUACAGCAAAGUGUGAAACAUCCGGUUUUCAAUGUACUGAGAUGCUCAGUAACAAACCAUGGAACUACCAGAUUGAUUAUUUUGGAGUUGCUGCAACCGUGUACUGCAUGCUUUUUGGCUCUUACAUGAAAGUGAAAAAUGAAGGAGGAGUCUGGAAGCCUGAAGGUCUUUUUAGAAGGCUUCCGCAUUUGGAUAUGUGGAAUGAAUUUUUCCACAUCAUGUUGAAUAUACCAGACUGUCAUCAUCUUCCAUCUUUGGAUUUGUUAAGGCAAAAGCUAAAGAAAAUAUUUCAACAACACUAUACAAACAAGAUUAAGACCCUCCGUAACAGGCUAAUUGUACUGCUCUUAGAACAUAAACGUUCUCGAAAAUAA